AUGAUGGCAUGCCGACGAGCCGGGGUGCCGACCGGAUCUUCUCUGCUGUUGUACGCAUCUGCUGCUGGUCUGACGCAGGCCUGCGGCUUGUCCGCAUCUGGUUCUUUCCCGGGACGCGGUCUACCGGCGAGCCAAGAAAUGGCUUCAGAAGCUGCGUACGUUGACUCGGCUGCCGUGGCACUCUCUGAGAGACCUGCUGACAAUGCUGGCGGCAGCGAGGGCGCCACCGGCGCCUUCGCUACGCCACGAGAGGCUCGGCGUUUUGCGGAGUCCGGCACGACCGCACUCAACGAACCCGACGAAGACACCUUUCCACCAGAAGGAGCUCGAAGGGCUCCAGCGUCUCGUGGAGCUGCGGAACCCGCCUGCUCUGACUGUGUCGCAGACUCUGAAGGGGCUGCGACGGGCGCGGAAGGCGGCGCAGACUACAUCAUGAGUGAAAAGAGAAAACUGUGGCGCAGAGGGUUCUCUCGGGCUGCGUGCGACAGCGCCCAAGCGAUCGAAGAACGAGAGUUAGGUGCGUUCACGGAUUUUGGCGAUGCCUGCUCGUCCUCCGCUCUGUCACGCACCACGAUGAAUGCAGUUCCCAAUGUUAUGAGUGGACAAGCAGGCACGCGAGAAGAGAUCCCCAGGGCUGCAGUUACACCCUGCUCAGAGAUCGAAACGAACCAUGCGGCGACAUGCAGGCGUCUCAGUCUUCCUGCCGCCUCCAGAAUCGAACACAGAAGGACAGUUGCCUGUGCGCGUGCUUCGCCGUCCCCGAUGCCCCUGGCGAGCGCAGCUUCCCCCGACGUCGGACCCCGCGAUCGGCCGGCGCAGGACCCAGCCUCUGCGGCAUUCUCUCUGGGAAUGACCGCAGGUGUCUACGGUGCCGCGGCGGCGCCGGAGCCCGCGGCUGAUGCAGGCGAAAGUGGCAUCCGCGGGCGCUUGGGCGGCGCCGGAAAGGGGCGUUCACCGCUCGCCCACCAGUACGUAGCCGGACCCGAGCAGGGCGGAGCCGACGGCAGCGGGUCGUCGCGCGAGGAGGGCGUGCCUUGGGAAGGCAGGAAGCGAGUCGAGCCUCCUCCUCAAAAUCGGCGGUCUUCGCGUGUCGCCCUUUCUGCGGUCGACGACACGACGCCGCCGCAGUCGUUGGCCUGGUGGAAAGUGUGUUGGCUGCACGCAGCUGGACAAGAGAGUGGACUGCUGGGCGCGCCCUUCCCUCAGCCGCAGUCGGCGGCUUGGCCAGUCAACCCACGAGGCGAGUCUGAACGCAGCCCCGCACCCGCGAGGGCCGCCGCGUUGUCUUCCCGCGAAGCCGAAAGCGCCGCGGCUGCGGCUGGCGUGUGGGGAGGUGGCUCCCAGCGCGAGUGUGCGGCUGGAGGGGGGGCGGCGUGCCGCGCGGAGGGCGCGGCCUGCUGGGGACGCAGCGAGGGCGCGCGAGAACCCGACGCGAGAGAGCUGGAAGAAGAGGUGCGCGAGGACUGCGCGCCUGCGUUGCCCUGCGUCAACACAUAUGAGGAAGAUGAGGGCGACUAUCCCCCCGUCCCUUUCUGCUUUUCUGAGCCGUCGGCGCGGCGCGCGGGCGAGCGGGCGGGCGAGCCGCGCGACUUGUCCCCCGAGGCGCGGCGGUCGCUCUCGCCCCCCUCGCGGUGGCGGCAGCACGUCCAGGACCAACUGAGUCUCGAAAUUCCUCCCCCAGAGUGGCUGCGCGACCCGCGCUCGCGGACGACACAUGGCGGUCACGCCUCCGACACCCCAACCUCUGGAGCCUCGCCCUGGAGCGGCAGGCCGCCGUGUAGCGUGGGAGCAGGUUGCUUCUGUGCGGGCGACUCCGCGGCGUUGGAGACGACUCAUGGGCUCCAGAAACGGCGGCGGGGGCGUUCUGCCAGCCGCGGCCGUCGCACGCAGGGCUCUCCCUUCUCACCCGGCGUGUCUGAGGGAGGAGGCGCCGCGGAUGGCGGCGGCGCCGAAGAACGUUUUCCAUUUCCGUCCCGGUUUCCGCUGCGGCCGGAUUCGUCUCGUCUGCCAGUCGCGAGUUGCCGCAGGGACCCCCUGGAGCCUCGCCCUGGCGCAGAGUCGUCAGGCCUUGCCGCCGGCGUCCCCGGAGAGGCUGGGAGACGGCGCGAAGGCCCUGGAGGCAGAGGCGCCCGAGGAGAGGGCGAAGACGCCAAAGGUUCUCCGCUCUGCAGAAAUCCCGGAGAUUCUGGCGCUUCGGCGCCUCUCUGGGCUUCUUUUCGAGCUUCUCGGCGCGCUGCCGACUGCGGCCGGCCGCUCGGAGAUAGAGAUGGGCCCCCGAUCACAGUCCGCGAUUUGGUCGCCCCGCGACUCUCGGAGUGUCUCUGCGCCUUUGAGGGGACGUGUCGCGCGUGCUCGCGAGCCAAGCAGGGGCCCUCGCCCCUUACGCAGAGUGCGUCGUCUGGGGCUCCUGCCUCGUCUGCGGCCGCUCGCCGCGAGCACGCGGCGGCGGCGUUCGCGGCUGCCGCGGAGGAGCUGCUCAUCGCUGAGGGCCUUCCGCCUGGCAGCUACACUCCGGCCGCGCUGGGAGCGCUGGGGACUGCGGACGUCUCGCUCGGCCUCAUCGAGCGCUUCCUCGGCAGUCUGCUCGGGGGUGACACGCGCCUGGGCAGCUUGACGGCUCCAGGCUUCCACCUCGCGUGGCUAGCGUACCAGUUUCUGCGGAAAACGGGAGCGAGCGGCUGGGCGCUUGUGCCGGCGCGGUCACCACUCCCGUCAAAGGGUCGAGUUUUGAGUGGCUCUGCCGGCUUGGCGUCGCUCGGCCCGCCGCACGCCACGCAGGGAAAGGGCGCGCGCGGCAGCUUCGGGGCCACGACUGGAGGGGCGGCUGGAGUGCACGCGGCGGCGGCAGCCGAGAGAGGAAAGAGGUCGCUGCCUUCAGGGGCAGGCAAGGGUGAGGCUGCCGCGAGGAGUGGAGGCCCUGCCCCUGUGGGGGGCAGCCUAAGCCGGUCCGCGGCCAGAGCGCCGCAGCUGAAGCAGCGAACGGCCUCAUUUCCUGUCGCGAAGGAGCCUCAGGACCCCAGGGGACAGAAAGAGCGCGCAGCUGCCGUCGCGUCUGUGUCAAAAAGCUUCGAGACACCGGCGGCGGGCGGCGGGAGGGCCCCGGGGGCGGUGAAGCUCAGCGAGGGAGCGGAGAAUGCCACGUCAGAAAAAGGAGGAAAAUGCAAAGGAGAGAGAACGGACGCGGAGCGGGAAGGCGGCGCGACGUCGAGCGACCGUAGCUUGAGUCUCAUGGAGCCCAACGGCGACGGCACGGGAACGAUAGAGGAUCGCAGCUGCCGCGUGGAGAGUCAGACAAAGCGAGAGGGGGACGUAUCGGCCGGAGACCUGCGUUCUGGAGAGGCAGGUGCGGUGAAAGAAGAAAGCGACGCGACUGAUAAGAAGGGCAGCAAGGGCCGCGGCGCCGCGAACCAUGGGAGGGCUGGAGCCCGGCGGCCGGAGACGAAGAAACCGUUCCCGCCCUGGCAGACAACCUACGGCUUCGCGGACAGCGAAUGGCCUCGGUUCAUUUGUGGAACUAUCGAUCGACGGUGGGCUCUGCAGCAGUGCAACUUGAGCGUGAGUGUCGACCUGGAUGCUUCCUCUUCGCCGCCUUCUCCCGCUGGGACCGCGCCGCCGGCUGCUUCGUCUGCGCGAGCCAGCAGCAGUCCUCCGCUGGCUCGCGGCUCUUCGCGCAAGAGUCCGCGUCGCUCCUCGUCCGUGUCUGCGCCUUCUCCGGCAUCCGCAGCUUCCAAGUCUGCCUCUUCGUACCCUUUUGCCGUCUCUGUUGCGGCGGCUCGUGCGGUGGAGGCUCGGGGCGACUACGGCGAAGGGCAGGGGGGGGGGGGAACGCCCUCGCUGGCGCCCAUCUCGCCCGCAGCCUCGCUGCCGUCUCUUCCAGCGGCGUCGCCUCCCGCCACGGCUGAGUCGCCGCUGCCUUCCCAAUUCCAAUCGCAUUCUGCCGACGAGUCGCCGCCGCGAAAUCCGUCUCUACGGUCUCCUCUGCCGGCGCCCGGUCUCGCGGCGCAGACCCUCGCUUCUUCCGCCGCCAGGCCUGGCGCUGUGGCCGCUGCUGCCUCCGCAGACGCGCCUCAAGCGGAGAAGCGCCAGGGCGCGGCGAAGGGCGGCGAGAGAAAGAAAGGAAAGACGCAGACGCAUGGCAGCGCCGCAGGGGGAGGGGCUCGGAGCGCAGCCCACACGCCGUCGAGUCCUUGCUACGAGGUUGCCGUUCAGUUCGAAGAAUUCCCGUACUCCGCAGCCGAGUGGAUGUGGCCCCAGGCAAUCCGCUUGCCCACUGCUUUGAAACCCGGUCUCGAAAUCCAAGUUGCGAUCGAGGUGCGCGGACGCUUUGCUCUCUGGUGGGCGGACGCAACCGUGGAGGGCGUGUCGGGGAGCGAACUGUCCUGCCGCCUCAGAGCGGCGGGUCGGCCUCCGUCGUCGCCUUCCUCAGAGAGGAAAUCGCGGGACGGGCCUGCUUCGUCUCCAGGGCGAAACGCAGGCGAGGCACGCGGCGUCUGCGGCGCGGCUGGCGAGCCGACGGGCGGAGCUCUGUCUCCCACGUCCAAUUGCAGGAAAAGAGAUAGGGCGGCCGCAGCCCACCAAGGCGACCCACAGACCCCGCCCUCUUCGACUGCUUCGCCGCGGGUGAAGACUGAAAGCAGCGACGAGGCUGUGCAGUCACGCGCGCAAGGCGGGAGAGGUGAGGAGGAUCCUGAAGAAGCGUGCAGAGACGCCAAAGAGGCAAGCCUUGGGUCGACGACACAGUCGCCGAAGAAGGAGAACGCGGCGGAAAAGGACAACAGGCCCCAGCGAGCGCGCGAGGAGGGGCAUGGCGCGGCGCCUUCGCCGCAGCGGCUGAGAAACGCAGGGCUCGAUGCCCCCGCGGGAAGGCCGCUCAGCUCCGCCGCCCCCAGCACUGUUUCGGGCUGUCACGGAGAGGCGCAACCCUGUGACGAAGCGGGAGUGCAUGCGGAGGAAGCGGAGAACGGAAGCACAGGAGCCACGCGAGUCACGAAAGAGAAUGAGGGAUCGCGAGAGGACGAUGCGUCGGGAAGAUGUCUCAAGAGAGCAAAGCUCGAGCCCGCCGCUGGCGGGCGUGCUGACCGGUCUUCGGAUGCGCCGCGAGAGCCGAUGGCGCGCUCCUGCGGUCCAUCCAUCGAUACACACGAUCAGGGAGAUGGAGAGAGGGGAGAAAAAGACGGGUAUGACCAACAGGGACAAACAGGUACAAGAACCCACUCGUCUUCGAGGUGCGCGAAAUCCACGGGGACGAACAAAACGCCAGGGUCGCGUGGCAGACCGGCGAAGACCGCUGGAGCCCGAGGGGCCUUCCUGGAACGGCUGAAGAGCUCGCACACGUACCAGAUUCGCCACUUCGCCGCGCCACAAGUUCCUGUCGCGGCGCCGCUGCCGCACAGUUGGCGGCUGCGGCCGCGACCGCUGAACCCCGACACCGACUUGCACCCUGGCGCCGUUCUCUGCGUCUCGGCAUCCGCGGCUUCGCUGUUUCUGGGGCUCCCGUCGCAUCACCAGCACUCUCAGCAGCCCUCGCCGCCGUAUUUCAUGCGCGAUGCCGUUGUCCACCGCGUCUUCUUCGGUACCAGUCGCCCCUCGAAUGUCCGCGCGGGGCGUGCCGAGGAGGCGACGGGUCGCUCUGAGAGCGGCCUGGCAGACGGCGAUCAUAAGGGAGGCUCGAGGGCGGAUGGCAGCCGACCGGCGGAGGAUGGAGCCGGACAGCUCCAGCCAGCUUCACGUCUGCCACCUGAAGCCUGGCCUGUGCAUGAGACGGGAGCAGCAACUCACGGCGUGGACCCGGGGCCAGAGAGGGAGUCCGCGAAGAACACCGCGGACGCGAGUGCACAGGAGACUCCCGAGGUGAACGCGUCCGAGGCGGCACUGUCCCCUCCGGAGAGUGGAGCCGCCGCCCCGCCCCUGGCGGUCGCCCUGGGGUCUCCAUCGGAGACUCGACGAGGCCGCCGGCGUCCACGGAAGGACGAAGAAUGCCGACGAGAAGGAGAACGAGCCCGCGCGGCAGCGGCAGCGUCUCUCGCUGGGGCAGAGGUUCUACGGGGCUCCCGAACUGCUCCGGUAACCCGUCGUGCGUCAAGGACUCUCGGCUCGCCCGCUGCCGCCCCGAGCGGCGCCGAGGGGCCUCUUUCUCUCGCCUUGGCGCCUCCUCUCUCGGCGCUAAGGCGAGAGAAAGAGGCUCUCCACGGUCGCCGGGGGGCGGCGGAGGGACGUGGAGCCGACGCGUCUUCAGGCGGGAAGAAAAGCGAGCAGAAAGCCGGCGAAGAGCAAGAGAAGAUGGAGAAAGAGAGAAGCUCCGAUCCCAGCGGAGAGAGACCGCAACCAGCGGCCAGCUACGAUGGAGUCAAGCCGGAAGAGCGCGUCACAUAUGUGCAUCUGUAUUUCCCUUACGGGAAUCAGCAGCGCGUGGUGAGCGUGGAGCAGCUUCUGAAAUUCGACUGCUACCGUCUUCCGUACGACCUCCACGCUCACUUUCCUCCGGAAAGCGGGCAAUCCGUUCUGCGGCAGGCGCGGGACUUCCUCUGGGCGGUUCCCCGAGCUCUCCCGCGAGUCCCCAGUCUGACCCGUGCGAAGCGCGAGGGGCUGCUGCGGCUCUCGUCUGGCGAGAAGAACAGGCCGCUCGCCCACGACGGAGGUGGCGGCUCCAGCGCGAAGGCGGCAGGCGCCCAGACCCGAACAGCCUCCGAAACGGCCGCUUCGAAGGCUCCGUCUGCGGCCGUGUCGGAGGGGAUGACUGAGAAGGAGGUCUGGGACGAGCUGACAACGGCGCCCACGCGGGAGUGGAGAGUUUCCCCGCCGUUCUGCGUCAUCUACGCGGCCCUCGAGGACAGCCCUUUCCGCAUGCCUCAGCAUCUGCAGCUCCUGAAGCUCCUUCAGCCUGAACUCGACCUCGACGCGCUUGCUCUGGGCACCUGGCGUCUGCGCUUUCCUCAGUGGACGCCCCCGUCAGCGCUGCCGGGAAGGCUUGAAAGGCCUGCAGGCUUCUCGCACCACCGGCAGGCGUCGUCCCCAUUGUUGCCUUGCCUGCUGCACCAUCCCUCCGAGGGCCCCCCGGCGCCUUGGGCUCUCACGGUGUCGCUGCCGGCCUGGCGUCGCAAGGGCCUGUGGACGCCCUACGGGAUGGAUCUAAGCGCCGCGUCGACUCCUCUUCCGCCCUCGCCACGCGAAGCAGCAUCUGCUGCCGCAUGUGUUCCAGGAAGCGCUAUCUCCCAGAGAGAAAGCUCCGCUUCGCGUGACGAGGCAAGGCUGGACACGCGAAAGAUUCCACGAAGCGAGCCUUUCGUCCAUGGUCCCCUCGCUGAACCUAAAGGCGAGACAAACCGCGCCGCCUCCGCGAGCAACACAGCCUCGCGCACGAGUGGCAAAGGCCUGCUGCCAUCAAGUCAAGCGGCCCUGAGAAGUCUGCCUCCAGGGGACUAUAGUGGGAAGACCAAAGCGUGGAGGCCCGCGAAGGGCAUGACCAGCCACCGGUUGGGCCUCGCCUCUUCGCCUUCUUGGCUCCCGUCCUGUCUGCCACCCGCCGGGACGUCUGCGAGUUAUCCUCUAUCGCUCUCAGCGGCUGGCGAGGGGGACAGAACAGACUCGGCGAGGCUGUUCGAAGCCGAGCUCGGCGAGAUCAUGGCUUCUGGAGUCCUGCCGUGGGCACGCGUCGAGAGCCUAGAGGGCACCGAACUCGACGCGUCUGGCCAGUGGACCUCCUCCGCUCUCUUCCUGUACGAAAAGCUGCUGUUCGCGCGGUGGAGCCAGCGGCGGCGGGUCCUCACUGCAAACGCCGGGAAGGCCACGGCGGCUCUACGCUUCAGCGCACCUUAUUCAAGCGAGAGCGAGGAGAUCGUGGCGCCGAUGCGUCCGCAGUGGAGUGAGUUUUCUCUGCCUUCCGACUUCGAGGAGGAGGAACAACCGGAGCCCGUCGCCGUGCGUUCCGCGGGGCCUUGUGCGGGCGCGGCCGCGCCUCCAGCAGGAACGCGGGGGAACUGCGCAGGAAGCGCCGACGCAUCCCCGAGGACGUCCGAGCGGCCUUUGCGUCACCCGUCGCCGCAGAGCCGCGUCGGGGGCCAGACUGGAGCAGCUGCCCCCGAUAGGCGGCUGCCUCGCUCCACCCCUGGGAGGGUUGCCGCGGGGAAGCCGGACGGCGGUGCCCCCGGUGGGUCGCGUCUUGCAGCGGAGAAUUCGAGAGUCGGUCCAGCUGCGAGAAAGCCCCCGACGCCUGCAGCUGCGACCGCGGAUCAUGGUGAGACUGCGCUCGCUUUUUCGCGGCGACCGCGGCCUGUGCGAGUCACUGCGGGCGUCCCCGCCGCAGACCGCGACCGCGGAGAGCUCCUCGUGAACGGCGCCCACGGGCAGCAGGCAUCGUCGCCGCAGACUGGACGCGUGCGGGUCUUCCGAGACCCUGAGCCGCCACAUCCUAUCUUCUGGGACACAGAGACAGACGAACCGCCCAGCCGGCUGCCGUUGCUUGGCUGCCCGGUGCCUGAUGCGCACCCCGGCCCUUCUCAGAGAAGGGGGCAUCUCGAGGAAGAGGACGAACUCCCCCUGCGGGAUCAGAGCCGCGCAGACCCGACGGCUGGGGCACCCUACGACUUCGGGGAUUCCGGGCGUUUGUCGCGAGCAGAAGACUUGCCCCCUCUUUCGCCAGAAGAAACAGGACUCCCGCGCCCGGCCAGCGUUUCGCCGAUUUCAACAGAAAAGCCUCCGUGUAAGAGACUGCUCAUGGAUUCAAAUGCCCAGGAAGGGGCAGAAGCAGCCGGAGUUGAUGCGCUGUCGAACACAAAAAACGCUCGCCAGCGGAGGGUCGAGCCAGCCGGUGUGUGUGCCGGAGGGCGCAGCCCGCCUAGGGAGCUCGCUGCCUCGCAAAGAGCGCCCAACGAAGAGGGAACGCCUGCUGAGGCACUUACAUCAGAUCAAAGCCUCGAAACGGCGACCACAGGGGCGGAAUCUGCGCUUCACUGUUGA